AUGGUCUAUUACUAAAUAAUAGACCUGUUUAUUGUUGGGCCACUGCUGGGCUGGUUUUUCAGUUUUCUUAUUGUUGGUGUUUUUUAACCGAAGUAGCUAAUUUUACAGAUUUAAAAUUUCUUUCUCAUUGUUAUCUACACAAACAAAAGGUUGUAAAUUUUCUCCUUUAAUUAUUUCUAAUCUAUUCUAGUAAAAGUUUAUUAAAUAUGUAAAAUAAAGUUAGAAGCCGGUAGUUAAAAGGUGUUUCUUAGCAAUUCUUGUGAUAUUUAUGAUGGAUGCUGAGUUUACGGGCUGUAGUUUACGGAUUUCUGUACAGUGGUGGGGAAAAAGUGGAUCGGUCACAUGGCGUCUGAUCUAAGCAAUUGUAGUAAGAGCAAAAUCAAUUUCAAGCUUUAUGAGAAAACGUAGUUGAUAUGCAUUCGUGUAUUCAGUGAAAUAACCAUGUUAUACUUAUUUUCUGAAAAUAGGCUAAUAUCUCACUGGCAGUAAGAGGGUAAAUUUCAAUCGAAAUAAAGGAAUUCCCGUGGCGUGUUAAACAAACAUAUUACUUUUGGUCAGCACAAAAAUGUCAAAAUAUAUUUAGCGUUAUUAUUCAAUUUCUGGAGAGUGGGUUGCUUCAGAUUCAAUUAGGGCGGGCACUAUGUUCAGGUUUAUCAUAAACACUUUAAAUGAAUGUUGGUUUUUAUGUAGCAAUAGUAAAAGGAACUUAAUUGUGGCAAUGCGGCAAUAGUCGGUACUUACUGCAGUUAAGAGGUGGUCUUAUGGCGCAUUUAUUUAUAAUUACCAAGACAGUUUGUUGAGUCACGUUUUAGUUCAUAUGCAAUAAAUCUCUAAAAGGUUUGUUAUUUAUUAUAGUGGGUUAGCUAUAAGCCAAAUAUGGCUUUUUUCGGUAUUUACUUAUUAUCUUUAUUGUUUAUUUUAUUGCACACAUGGAAACGCGAAACCGGAAAAGGCGCCGUCCGUCGGUCAAACUACACCAGCAUUCCAGCCAAAACCUACCUGGCACCAGCCAACAACCCCGUCAGCUGCCUUCCACCCAAAUGCCCGAUCAGCUGCCUCCCAACCAACAGCCUGUCCAGCUGCCUCCCAACCAACAGCCUGUCCAGCUGCCUCUCACCCCCAGCCAUCGACUUGGCCAAUGGUCUUCAAACCAACAGUCCGGCCAUCAACCCGACCAGCUGCCUCUCAGUCAACAACUGGGCGACCAGAUGCAGCCUGCAGCAAGCCAGCCAGAUCCGGCUGUUCAAUCGGUUUCACAGGUUACAACAGUUAGCACCAGAGGCACAAGCGAGUCCAGAAUCCGUCCCGCCGGAGUUUUUACUGAUGAUCUGCAACAAGAGGCUAAUAGAUUGCUAGACAAUUCCCUUGCUGCUAAUACAAAAAAGGCAUACAUCGUUGGGUUAGAGAGAUUCUCUGAGUUUAAAAGGCAAUACGGCUUGUCAGAUGCCUGGCCGCCUACAGUUGAACAGGUGGUUCGAUUUGUAGCAUGGCUAUCCCUACAGAAACUAUCCCACAAAACAGCAAAAUCAUACUUAAGCUCUAUAGCUUUUCAUUGCAAGCUGCUUGAUGUUGUUGUCCAUACCAAAAAGUUCAUUGUUUCAAAAAUGGUUGAAGGAAUGCAAAAAGAUAAGAAAACACACGAUAAUAGGCUUCCAAUUACCCUCUCGUUACUGCAAGGGAUAGUAAGCAAACUUAAUAUUGUGUGUUCCAGUGUCUACGAAGCAAAACUGUUCACUGCAGCUUUUAUGCUAGCGUUUUUCGGUUUUCUGAGAGUUGGCGAAAUAGCUGUUCCUAAAAAAGGUGAUAGUAUUUUACAGGCAGCGGUGUUGGCAAUAGAAGAUUUACAAUUUGAUCACAAUGGGGUAAUCAUUUCAAUCCGGCAUUCAAAAACUGAUCAGUUGGGCAAAGGGGUAGCGCUCAAAAUUACUAGGUCAAACAGUGAAUUUUGCCCAGUUGUGUGUCUUAACCAGUAUCUUCAUGUUCGUCCUCAAGGGCCUGGUCCCUUGUUUUUGCACUUUAACAAACAACCAAUUACUCGUUACCAAUUUUCUGCUAUUCUUAAGAAAACGGUUUCUCUUUUGGGUCUAAAUUAUGGGUCUUACAAAUCCCACUCCUUCAGAAUUGGAGCAGCAACUGCAGCUUCCCAACUAGGCUAUUCAGUGGAGAUCAUUAAACAGGCAGGCAGAUGGGCUUCCAAUGCCUACCAAACAUAUGUUCGUCCUGUUCCUGUUGUCAUGCCCAGCCUAAUAAAUAACCCCUAUUAAAAAGGUAUGGUUCAUAUAGUUAGAUUCACGUGACUAACAAAAACCAAGUUGUAUUAAGGAAAACCAUCUGGAUACUGGGUUCAUCAAUAAUCAAGCAAGCCUUCAUAGCAGCAAGAUUACGACCUGAAGGGGCCAACCUCUGCCUUGAACCCAACAUCAUCUGGUGGCAAGGGUACAGUGGGUUAACACUUGCAGAAUCAAAGAAAAAAUUUCUUUCGCUUGCCAAUGUGGGUAAUUCUCCAGACUAUAUUGUGUUACAUUUAGGUGGUAAUGAUCUUGGUCGUCGGUCACUGGUGGACCUUCGAAAAUUGAUUGUCGAGCUAUUCAGGACUAUACUGUCUAUAUUUCCAAGUGUUAAGAUUGUAUGGUCUGCAGUGCUUCCAAGGUCAAAUUGGAGAUAUUCUGAUAAUAAAGUUGCUAUGGAAAGCAAGAAAGCGCCUUAAUAGUCAUGGUUCAUCUAGGGCUUUGGCAUGUGGAGGGCAUUACUUGGCCAACUCUGACUUUGGAAAAUUUGAGGAACAUUUGUUUGAGAAGGACGGAGUCAACUUGUCAACUCUGGGUACAGAUAUUUUUCUUUCUAAUAUGUCUGCAGGGCUUGAAAAACUUAUAAAGCAUAAUACACCAAUCCAUUACUGAAGUUCUAGAUGCACAAAUUUGGGGGUUCUUACAAUUUUAAAUCCCACACAUUAUGUAUGUUGGUGUUGCUAUUGAGUCCAAAAAUAGAUAUUUGCAGUUAGUUUGUAUGCAUAUUUUUCUUACUCAUAUGUAUGAAAAAAGAAAAAAGAAAGUUUUUUGCUGCUAAUUUUUAUGCAAUUUUUUGCUGCUAGUUUUUAUGCAUUUUUUUUUCUGCUGGGUUUUAUGCAUUUUUGCUGCUAGUUUUUAUUCAUAUCUUUGCCUUGUGUUUACAGUUUACUGCUUCCGACUCCAAGCAUGCGUCCAUCCGCCCUGCAGCCAAAGUUCUUUGGCAGUGGCCACCCGUCAUCUCUGGCCCAGCUGGUUUCGAGGUUGGGGCAUUUGGGCCGCUGGGUCAGCGUUGUUGGGUGGCCAUAUGGCAAUCAGUGCCGGAUGGACGCUUUUUACCUGGCACAUUUUUUGGGGAAAAUAUAUAUGAUUUUGUUGGGAGUGCUGAUGGCCGUCACCCGGAGUCAGCACUCAUAUACAAUUUAUUUGUGCAGUUAGUUAUUUGCAGUUAGUUUGGGCUUGCCAUGUUCGCAGGUGGCCCUUGCUGCUUGGAGUCGAGACAUUAUAUGCCAGAACCAUUUUUUAUGUUUUUAUGUUAUAAGGUCCUUUAAUAAAAAGUAAAAAUUUAGUUGAGUUUAUAUUUACUGUGUGAAAAGGGUUAUUCAUCGGAGUUUUCAUAUAGGCUUGCCCAUGUAAUGCUAGGUGGCAGUUUGGGUUUAGUUCUUGGCCUCUACAAUAAUAUGGUCUAUUACUAAAUAAUAGACCUGUUUAUUGUUGGGCCACUGCUGGGCUGGUUUUUCAGUUUUCUUAUUGUUGGUGUUUUUUAACCGAAGUAGCUAAUUUUACAGAUUUAAAAUUUCUUUCUCAUUGUUAUCUACACAAACAAAAGGUUGUAAAUUUUCUCCCCUCCCACCCAACCCAUGUAGUUUGUUUUUACACAGUGUUGUUCUGUCACACUUUACUGCGUCCGUUAUAUAUUUAAAAAUUUGGUCAGGCUUAGGGUAAAUAUAGAUUUAUUUUAAGUUUUAUUUGCCUGUCCACAUUAAUUUUAAUAACAUAAGGGGAAACUGAUUGUUUUCCGUACUAGAUUUGGUUUUAGUAUAUUACAUAUUCUGCUGGUUUGAGUUGCGUUUUUCAGUUUGCCGUGUAGACGCAGAGUACCAAACGUCGGAUACAGGUCGGUCACGACUCCACUUCCGAUGGGGCAGUUCGGACACCUCGGGUUUGUCGACAGUCGCUUGAAGUUAACAGUUCCUUGGCAAUCAGUGCCGGAUGGACGCUUUUUACCUGGCACAUUUUUUGGGGAAAAUAUAUAUGAUUUUGUUGGGAGUGCUGAUGGCCGUCACCCGGAGUCAGCACUCAUAUACAAUUUAUUUGUGCAGUUAGUUAUUUGCAGUUAGUUUGGGCUUGCCAUGUUCGCAGGUGGCCCUUGCUGCUUGGAGUCGAGACAUUAUAUGCCAGAACCAUUUUUUAUGUUUUUAUGUUAUAAGGUCCUUUAAUAAAAAGUAAAAAUUUA